GUGAAAGGGAAAAUGAAGAUGUCGUAUCUUUGGCACCAGGCCUUAGAGAAAGACAUGACAUAGGUUUACUAUCAGAAGAUGAGUCUUCUUUAAAAAGUGAAACUGAAAAUCCUCAAAAAUCUUCAUCAAGAUUCAGUAAAUAUGUGAAUGGUAAUGAAAGUGACUCAGAUGAGAACAAUAAUGAUCACUUAAAAUCUUUAUUUGGGGAUGAUGUUAAGACUAAAAAAAGAGACAAGCUCUGGAGGUCUUAUUCUUGACAAAAGUCAAAUUGAUAUUUUAUCUGGUUCUUGGAGGUGUAAAAAUCCAGAAAGGUUGACAGCCUAUAAUGAUGAAUAUAGACACAGUUUUCCUGUUCACGAGAAAACUAGUGAUAUUUUAGAAGUACCUAGUCUAGAUAAUAUGGUACCUGAUUUAUUAGUGAAAAAACAUGGUGCUAAAGCUUAUUCAGUAAGCCAGAAAAGCAAUUUAUACAAUCCUUGUUUAAAAUCCCUUGAAAAGUUGGCAUAUCAAGGCCAGGUAGCUGCACGCAUGGGGAUAAUUACUACAGCAUACACCCAACAAGCUUUGGGCAAUUUGUUAAAUACUUUGUCAGAAAAUGAAGUUAAUCUAGACAAAUCUAUCCAACUUGUAAGAGACAUAUUUGCAAUGUCUACAAAAUCUUUGGACCAAGUGGCACGGGCUGGUGCAUUUCACCACUUAAUUCGUAGAAAAGCUACUUUAGAGGACACAGGUCUUAAUGAUAUUAAAGAGCUUAAGCAUCCACUUGUAUCAUUACCUUUGACAAAGUCAGGUGUCAUUGGUGACAAUAUGGAACAAACUCUUAAAGACAGGGUUGACAAAAAUAAACAAUUAAAAGAGUUACUGCCUGAAUUACAUGUAAAUAAAACUUUUUCAGUGAAAAGGAAAGCUACAGGCAAUCAAUUUUCCAAUGAUUGGUCUAAGAAACCAAAAUUUGACAAUGCACAAGGUUCUACUUUCACAGGUGCUAAGUCUAAUACACAGCGUACAGUACAAAGAACUAGUACAGUAACAAGACCAGAUAAAGACGACAAGAGUUCUGGUACAACGAACAAUUUUCGUCGCUUUAACAACCCAUUUCAUGCCAAGGGGCAACAAAAGAAAUGACUAUCAGAUCAAGGCGUUGCAGUGAUAUACAGGCCUUACGUUUGGGAGAUGGAAAUAUAUCUGUACAUAGCAGAGGAGUUUAUUUUAUUAGAGAAGGAUUGUCAAAACAAGACCGUCCUGGACAUUUUGGUGCUAAGAUUUUUGUACCUGCCUUUGAUGCAGAAAAGCUUCUUGACCCUAAAAGGGCAUUAACGUACUAUUUAAAGAGCACUGACAAUUUUCGUGGUGAAAACAGACAAGAUAGUAAAUUGUUCUUAGCAAUCAGUAAUCCACAUAAGCCAAUUUCAAGUCAAACAAUUUCAUCAUGGAUUGUGAGUACCAUUCAGAUGGCAUAUAACGACAAAAAGAAAUCUGUUAAGGCUCAUUCGACAAGAGCUAUUGGUCCUUCUUGGGCUCUUUAUAAAGGUGCAUCAAUGAAGAACAUCAUGGAAGCUGCUGAUUGGAGCAGGGAAUCCACAUUCACCAAAUUUUACUUACGU